AUGAAUGUCCAAGAAGGACAAAAUCAACAUGCUAAUGAGUCUAAGGCACGCCUGAAGCAUGGUAGACCUAUCGGUUCUAAAGAUAAAAAUCCUCGAAAAAGAAAAGGAGCAGAAAUUGGUAAUAAUGAAACCGAGGUAAUAACUACAAAUGAAAAAUCUCCAGAAGAGAACAUGACACAAGAAGAAAUUCAGGUACCUGAUAAUGAAGAGAUCUCAACUAACUAUGUCAUGUCUGGAAUGAAAUGGAACCGAAAGCAAAUCGACGUGGAUGAUAUUUUUGCAUACAAUGUAGCAGUUGAUCUUAUGGAUGAGGAUCAUGAACCAAAAUAUAUUGAAGAGUGUACACGAAGAAGUGAUUGGCUAAAAUGGAAAGAAGCAAUAGAUGCUGAACUAAAAUCUCUUACAAAAAGAGCAGUGUUUGGACAUGUAGUCCGUACACCUAAAGGUGUAAAACCAGUGGGAUAUAAAUGGGGUUUUGUGCGAAAGAGGAAUGAAAAUGGUGAGAUUGUGAGAUACAAAGCACGUUUAGUUGCUCAAUGA